GAUAAAGUGCAAAAUUAUCUCAUGAAAUUCGGAUAUCUACCCCAGUCGGAUCUAGAGACCGGAAACCUUAGAACGGACGAUCAGCUUACGGAUGCCAUUAAAAAUUUACAGAGAUUCGGUGGCAUUCCUGUAACUGGUGAUAUUGACGAAGCUACUAUGAAAUUAAUGAGGCUUCCGCGGUGCGGACUUCCGGAUAAAAUAGAUCCUAGAUAUACUAGGGUCAGGCAUAAACGGUAUACGAUCCAUGGACAACAAUGGCCACAUCGGAAUCUCACUUGGAGUAAAUUGGCAAUUCCAUCGAGCCGAUUGGCGCCUAAACGUCGGCUGGGAGGAGAGUUCGAGGCCGAUCGAUCCAGUCAAUUGACGACACACUAUUUUAUGACGGGUGAUGACUUACGAUGCUGAUCGAACUUCGCUUCGAUGAAUAAUCGAUAUUAUACGUAAGCGAAAUAUUUACAAGCAAAAGUUUUACAACAAAAAUUACAAAAAUUAUUAAAAUAAUAAAUUCGUUC